AUGGAGAAGAAUGUUAGCUCUGAUGGGCAUCGCCUUCUACGAUUUCCAAAGAUCAAUUACAAUCAAUCGAUUCAGAAGCUGUGCACUGACACAACAAAAUACAUAUUGGCGCAAGAUAAUGACUUGGGCGUUUUCCGAAUGGUUAACACACAUGCGAAGCCGAUAAAUCAAGAACAAUGGCCGUCCUGGGUUCCAGAUUUCACGUCACCCCUACCAGGAUUAGGAGAGCCGAAAAAUUCCUAUUGGAUGUUACCACUAGAGGAUGUAUCACAUACAAGGUUGCCUGGGAAGAAGAAAGCCAUUUAUACUGAAAAUGAUAAGUUACUGAUUCAUGAGCAUGUGCUUAGCGAAAUCAGGAAGCCGAUAAGAAUGGUAGAGAACAACGAGCGGCACGACAAAGAGCUAGAACACGAGAAGCGACGAACAGGCGAGAGACAACACCCACGUUUUGACCCGGAAUUUCUGCCAAUGAGCGUUUGGGAGGACAGUGAAGGGCGCGAGGUAUAUGGGACAAUGGAUGUCAAAAAAGGGGAUUUGGUGGUUGUGGCUGCGUGUUCGGAGAGUCCGUCGAUUUUGAGGAGGCUGAAGAAUGCACAGAGUGAUAAAAAAGAAAAGAGUGUGAAUGGCCUGAGUACAAUAUAG